CUUCAUCCCCAAACUAUACAUUCAUCAAUCACUGAAGCAUAUGAUGUUGAUCUUCUAUCUUAUUCUCUCUCUCUCAUCUGCCAUUUUGGAUUCAAAUGUGUUCGCAAUCGCUCAAAAGUUAGAAGCGAUUGGUGGGAAGGGCGGCAAGCUUUGGGAUGAUGGAGCCGACCAUGAUUAUGUAACAAAGAUUUAUGUACACGGUGGUCAUGAAGGCAUUCACUACAUCAAAUUCGACUAUGUCAAGAAUGGACAAUCCAUAGAUGGAACCAUCCAUGGUGGUUCGGCCGACGGCUUUACACAGACGUUAGAGAUUGACCAUCUCAAAUACGAACAUAUUGUAUCUGUUGAGGGUUACUAUGACGUAAGGACUGGUGUGAUGCAAGCACUCCAAUUCAAAACCAACAUCAAGACUUCAGGAUUUAUUGGAUAUCAAAAGGGUAUUAAGUUUUCACUUGAAGUCAGUGGAAAGAUCAUUGUUGGCUUCCAUGGAUCUGCUGGGCUCAACCUCCGCUCUCUUGGAGCAUAUUUAAAGACUCCUCCUACCAAAUCGGAGCUUCAAGGUGGCAUAACCGGAGGCGAAUAUUGGGAUGAUGGUCCUAAUUACGACGGCGUAAGAGCAGUGUAUGUUACUUUUACUGAAACUCAUAUAAGGAGUAUGAACAUCGACUACGACCAAGACGGCCAAGUGGCAUCUUGUUAUCACGGGAUGAAGAAUGGAGAAACACAAGAGUUUGUGGUGGACUUUCCUAAUGAAUAUAUGACAUCUGUGGAGGGUACCUACGACCACAUACAUGAAGGUAACUAUUUGGUCCUUACGUCUUUGACUUUCAAGACAUCAAAAGGGAGAAUCUCUCAGACAUUUGGAUUAGUGACUGGUACCAAAUUCGUAUUGGAGAGUCAAGGUAAUGCUAUUAUAGGGUUCCACGGAAGGGAUGGUGGUUCUUUUGAUGCUAUCGGAGUUUAUUUCGCUCCUAUGGCUCCUUCAUAG